AUGAAUUAUCUCAAAUUAACGUUCGACAAGCUAGAGGUUGGUGCGCUCAGUGAUUUGGUGGCGCACGAAAGCUGCGGUGCCGUAUCCCUGUUCGUGGGCACAACGAGAGAUAACUUUGAGGGCAAAACUGUGGUGCUGCUACAGUACGAGGCCUACGAGGCGAUGGCCCUUAAAACGAUGAACCACUUGUGCGAAGAGGUGCGCAACCGGUGGCCCGAUGUGGUAAACAUCGGCAUUCACCAUCGCUUGGGAACGGUGCCGGUGAAGGAAGCGUCGGUGGUCAUUGCGAUCAGUUCCCCACAUCGAAAAUCCAGCCUUGAAGCGGUCCAUUUUGCCAUCGACGAGCUCAAGAAAUCGGUGCCCGUGUGGAAAAAGGAACAGUACCGCGACGGAGAGGGCAGCUCCGAGUGGAAGGAAAACAGCGAGUGCACAUGGUCUAAAAAGUACAAGGACAACCAUAUACUGUGACGAAACACUUGCUGAUGAUCGCGCACGCAAUCGAUCGCAAUCAUAGGUCAUCGCCGGAAAGGGAUAAAACAUUGUUAUUUUACAUCUCUCUUCCGUAGCAUAGCUGCGAUGAGAGCAAACGUUAACGACUUCAAUAUGCACAGUAGUUUUAGAUUAUAGUAGAGUUUAUUAGGCAAACAGAAGAAAAAACUGCCGAUUCAUUGUGCUGAAGUGCGUGGCCUCAACUUCAAUCAGUGUCACUAGAUAAAAACGGGUUGUCGGUAGGUGAUAGUGUGCUAUGCUGCGGUGUAGCGGCAAAACUGGUUUUCGAACGCAUCACGCUUUGUGGUGAAG